AUGAAGUCAGGGGUGGAAUGGAUGAUGAUGUGGAGAGCCGUCGAGAAGGAUAGGAAGGGGACCACAGACAAGACAACGAACGCCCUCUCCGAUACGCCUGGCUGCACAAGCGUGACCGUCUCGGGCGUCGGACUGUCAUCGGGAACAUACAGGGAGCUUUCCUCCACCUCCUACUACUACGCCGCCGGAGUCGACUACCACGAGCUGUACCUGUCCGAUGGCGCAUGGUACAUCAUACCCGCCAUCGCAGACUAUCCUCGGUAUCGGACGUACGAUGAGGUUGCACACCCCAGCGACAUCACGCUGGGUUGGUCCGAAUGCGAUGUCCAGUUUUGCGACUACGUGGAGAUGUCGACCGCCGUGACCGUCACGUGCGCAGCGACCUGCACUAGCAUCACCAUCUCAAACUUCGGGGAUUUUUCCGGAACCUACCGGGAGGUUGCUGGCACCAGUUCCUACGACGAGCUCUUCUACAUGGCCGCAGGGUCCGAGUACUACUACGUGUACCUUUCUGGUGGGGCAUGGUUCAUACAACCAAACGUGGCCGACUACCCGAAGUACAGGACAUACGACGACGCCGCACAUCCCGCGGACAUCACCCAGAGUUGGGCCGAAUGCGAGGCCCAAUUUUGCGACUACGUAGAAAUUGCAACAACCAUGACCAUCACGUGCGCGACAGCGACGUGCACUAACAUCGCCGUCUCGGACUUGGGGAGCUAUUCCGGAACCUACCGGGAGGUUGCUGGCACCAGUUCCUACGACGAGCUCUUCUACAUGGCCGGAGGGACCGAUUACUACUACGUGUACCUUUCUGGUGGGGCAUGGUUCAUACAACCAAACGUUGUCGACUAUCCGAAGUACAGGACAUACGACGAUGCCGCACAUCCUGCGGACAUCACCCAAAGCUGGGCCGAAUGCGAUAACACUUACUGUGACUACGUAGAAGUGGCGACAUCCAUGGCCAUCACGUGCGCGGCAGCGACGUGCACUAGCAUCGCCAUCUCAGGCUUGGGAGACUUUUCCGGAACCUACCGGGAGAUUGCUGGCACCAGUUCCUACGACGAGCUCUACUACAUGGCCGGAGGGACUGAUUACUACUACGUGUACCUUUCCAACAGCGCAUGGUACAUAUCGCCUAACGUUGUCGAUUACCCGAAGUACAGGACAUAUGACGACGCCGGACACCCUGCGGACAUCACCCUAGGUUGGGCCGAAUGCGACAACGCCUCUUGCGACUGGGACGAACCGGCAACGGCGUCCUUUAACGUUACUUGCGCGGACACUGUUACCGCCACAGCAUCGACCUGCACCAACGUGGUUCUCUCCGACUUCGGCGACUUUUCGGGUACUUACGCGGAGGUCGCCGACACCUCAUACGACAAACAGUACUCUAUGGCGACUGGGGUUGAAACCUACAGCAUCUACCUUAACAAUGACGCUUGGAACGUGCAGCCACUUGAAGCCGAAUACCCCAGAUACCGGACGUACGACGAUGCCUCGAACCCUGCGGACAUCACCCUAGAGUGGGUCGAAUGCGACAACAGCUAUUGUGACUUCGACAUUCCAUCGCCGUCACCAAUUGUCAUCACUUGCUCAGGCGGGUCAUCGUCAAGCGACGUGUUGCCGACACCGUCACCAGCGGGUGUUACAGACGGAACGGGCGGGUCUUCGUCAAGCGACACAUUGCUGACACCGUCACCAACGGGUGUUGCAGAGACAACGGAGGGGCCUUUGCCAAGAGGCGUUUCUGCGCCGUCCUCGUCUGCAACUUCAACAUACGAACCAUCAGGCAGCUCUAGCGACCCCGAUGCCCCGACUGCCGGAAACAGCACCGAUGAACCUGGCACUGGCGACGCGGCAAAUAUUGAGAUGGACGAUGACGGAGAUGACAGUGGUGGCGAUGACCUAUCAAGUGGGGCAAUUGCUGCGAUAUCAGCGGUGGUUCUUGCUGUUGUGGGCGGCGGACUGGGCGUAGCAUUCAAGCACAACAAUAUCCACUGUUGCCAGACGACACAUUUUUCCAGCUCAGCGUGAUGCGUCAGGUCUUCAGUUGCUAGCCGUACGUGUCGUGCAGGGGUUAUCCAGCCAUGAUCGUUCAUGGUUUCGACCACCAGUCACAAUGAAGCUCAAUCCCGGCCAGUUCACUACGUUCCAUUCCUUGGUACAUUGCAGAACUUGUCAAAUAUCUCUACAGUAGAAUGGCCUGCAUUUUACUGCUAUUUGUGCGAACCACGGGUCGUUGAAAGGGGACUCGAUUUUAUGCUGCAGAUCCAGACAGUGGUGUGCGAUAGUACUCUGCUGCGCCUUCUCGAGUUAGGGCGUCGGUGAUGAUCUGGAUGGAGGUUCACAUGAGGCUUGGUGUGUGGUUGCUUGGGUAUUUUCAUUAGGCAGCAGAUUGAUUGAUUGAACUUGGGAAUGCGGUUUAAGGCGGGCCAUGCAACAUAUCGUACCAUCUUCAAGCGGGGGCAAAUCCGGCGUUACACUUGCACCCGUGGACCAAACGCUGACCGCACAACAUUGAUUUUCUUUGCUGACUUCUUGGGUUCAUUGGAUCUCUGGCAUGUUUUCUCCUUGAGAUGAGACCGUUGGUGUCGACUGACAAAACUGGGUUUAGGGUCAAAACUGUGCAGUCUACAACAUAUAAUAGACCACCGAUUUGAGUCUACUCGGAGUACAUACGUUGUGUAUGAUAUGAACAGAUGGCCAUUUGUGUAGGAGUGCAGCGAGAUAGUAUUAAAUCUUUGUACAGCAUUUUCUCCCAGACAGGACGAGUCCAAGAUGUAGCGCUGGGGUAUUAAUCCCGAGCAUGAAGUAUUAUUUUGUAUGGGACUGCGUGCUCCGCGGAAGCGAUGUGCUCUCUUUUUUGCCCGAUAUGUCAUCAGCGAUGACUGUAUCUGGCUGAGGUCUUUUUACUGUUAUUCGGUCUGUUUUUUGCUCUGAUGCCGUCGUGUUUUGGUGUUAUUCUUUACGAUUGCACCUUGUUUGCGGUAGGUGGCCUGUGACGACGGAACGCCUCCGCGUCAUUUGGACCGGUACGGAUGUAGAAGGUACUUAUUAUUAAUGAGUGUGAAGACGAAAGCAACGACAAAAAUUACAGCAAAAGAACGAUUUGUAGUUGGCAAUAUAGUACUAUUUGGUCUGCCUGCAUAUGUGAAGCAGUCUAGUUCUCUGUCGGGCUGGGCAAGAAAUUCAUCGGCUUGGAGGGCGUAUGUAGCGGCUGGCUAUCAUG